CCUCCUACUCGCAUACCUACGCCGUGAGAGAAAAUGUCGGAAGGCCUACCUAGUUAAGAAAAACACAAUACAUGCUUGGGGUUCUACAAGGUUUCUAAUGGCAUUUAUGCAGGCCUUGAAUUAAUUACUAUACAUGGUUUUUACAUUAAGGUUUUUAAAUUGAGGCUUCUCACAAAUAUACUCACUUCGGAUCGAAAGAUGUUCCUGAUUUUCGUCGUGACCGUCCUUAUGGCAACAGGCUCCACUAUGGCCAUCUCUGUCCAGUGUCCUGUCAAGAGGUACGUGGUCAUCCUGUUCCAGCCGGUCACGCUCACCUGCAACUUCCAGACGUCUUCCACGCAGCCGCCCGUCAUCACUUGGAGGUACAAGUCCUACUGCAGGGACCCCAUCCAGGCAGCCCUGAACCCCAGCAGCGCUGACAACAUCCUGUCCCAGAACAACCCUAACUACAACGCCAACAUUGAGUGUGCCGACAACAUGCGGACAGUGCGCAUCGUGGCCUCCAAGCAGGGCAGUGCUGUCACUCUGGGCGAGGAGUACCAGGGGCGAAAAGUCAGCAUCUUGAACAACGCAGACCUGAACCUUGCCCAGACGGCGUGGGGAGACAGCGGCGUGUACGUGUGCUCUGUGGUGUCUUCUCAGGACCUGACAGGGAACAGCGAGGACUACACUGAGCUCAUAGUGCUGGAGAGAAAGUCAAAUACCACUGAUCUCCUGCCUGAGAUUGACUUACUGGUUAUGGAAGACUGGUUGUUGGUAGUACUGGUAGUGUUUGGCUUCCUGCUGCUGUUGCUCCUCAUAGCAAUCUGUUGGUGCCAGUGCUGCCCCCACACCUGCUGCUGCUACAUCCGCUGCCCCUGCUGCCCAGAGAAAUGCUGCUGCCCUCGGGCACUGUACGAAGCAGGCAAGGCGGUGAAGUCAGGCAUCCCCAGCAACUACGCCCCCACGCUCUACGCUCCCAGCAUGUACGCCCAGCCACCCUACGGAGGGGUCAUGCAACAGCCCGGCAUACCCAUGCUGCCCUUACCCCAGGGAAUGGGCGGCCCCCCACUACAACCCAACGGCUACGGACGGGACUACGACGGAGCCAGCUCGGUUGGACAUGGCUCCCAGGUGCCUUUGCUGCAUGACCAGGACAGUGGCGCAGGAGACCAAACUCGGAGUGGCUACCGUAUCCAGGUGGACCCAGAUGGGAAUGCAACGCGGGCCAUCUACUACAUGGAGAGACAGCUAGCCAACCUGGACCCCACCCGACCUGGUGACGCCGCUGGGAAUUACAACCGCUUGGAUGGGGGGAUGAGCGAGGUGAGCUCCUUACACGAUGACCCACGGGGCCGUGGCGGUGGCCGCUCCCAGGCCCCGCCCCUCGCCACCGUGUACGACCAGGACGAGGCCAUGAGCACCAUCAGCAGCGUGUCCACGCACGGCCAGCGGGGGCGUGACGACUACCCGCGGCGAGGAGGUGGGCCCUCCCCCCACAUGGGGGCCCACGGGCGUGCCCGCUCCAUGGACAACCUUGAUGACAUCGCCCGCCGAGACCGCUACCCCAGAGACCCCCGGGAUCCCCGCGACGACUACCCUCCCCACCGCCGUGACGAAGGAGGAGCCAGAGAAAGGAGAGGCUCGGGUGAUGACUUUAGCAGCCGCGGUGGCUACGACCGCGGCCGUGACUUUGACGACCGCAGACGGCGCGAGCCCUCCCCUGGAGACCGUCGCCGCGGAGGCAGCCCGGUCAGUGGUCUCCAGGGGAGACGCAGCCGUAGCCGUGACGACCUGAUGGACAUUGAACGUGAUCGGGAGCGCGGUGGCGGCCGUGGUGGUGGGCGGGACGCCUACGAUGAUAGCUUUCUGCGGGAAGCCAUGGAGAAGAAGCGUCUAGGCGAGCAGCAGAGGGCGAGGAGCCGCGAACGCCUGGACAGCGAACGCUCGGACCGAGGCAGGGCCCCCCGCGGACCCCCUCCACUUCCCAUGUCCCCGCCUUCCAACUACCCCGACCGUCGCUACGACGACAACUACCCAGCCCCUCACCCGCCUCCCUACAUUAGCGAUGACGAGAGCUUGACGUCCUCCAAGAAGAGCAACCUACGCAAGAAUGGAGCCGUGAGUCGGGAGAGCCUGGUGGUGUGAGACGUUCAGUAUCCCCCAGCGUAACUGAUCUGUCCCGUAACACAAUUACUAGUCGUCUAUGUCGAUAGUACUAAUGUUGCAAACUUGAUACCGUGAUUUUAUUUUCAAUACCUAAACUCAGAUAUCAACAUUUUAUGCUGGAUAUUUAUGUACAAAUGACCUUAUUGGGGGUAAUUUAGUAAUUGUGUGCUUCAUAUUUACUGAAAACAUUGUCAGCCUUAUGUCCUCUCAAUUAUUUUUAAUGUACAGAAUAGCUCUAACUGAAGCACUAAGUGUAGUGUGUGGUUGAACAUACCAAGGCUUAAUUAAAGUAGCCUACACUGGAAUUGCAAUAGCCAAAGUAAACCAAAAAUGGUUUUCAUUCACUCUUUUUAACCAUUAAUUUUCACCUUACAGUCAGUCAUCUUACAGUCAAUGUGAGUAACCUGGAGCUUUAAGAUUGUAAAGCAAGUAUUAAUUUGAACUUUUAAUGAUUUACUGUGAGAAGUCAUGGAUUUUUUAAAUGAAAAUUAGAUCAUGCUGUACAUUUUAAAAUGGAAUAGAUUUUAUUAGGGCGGGAGGUAGCCUAGCGGUUAAGAGCGUUGGGCCACUAACCGAAAGGUUGCUGGUUCAAAUCGACGAGCCAACUAAGUAAAAAAUCUGCCGAUGUGCCCUUGAGCAAGGCACUUAACCCUAAUUGCUCUGGAUAAGAGCCUCUACUAAAUGACUAAAAUCAAAUAAUAGCCAUGUUAUUUUUACAUUGUUUAUCAUUGUAUUUAGAGUUUUGGAUUAGUUUUAACUGUCUGUCCAGCAAUGAUAUUUGUCAUGAAUAAUGUCAGCCAUAGGCGGAUUCUAUUUGUUCAUUUAAACAUUUUUUUUUAUUAUUGCUAUGAAAAAUGUACUUACUGCAUUGUUGUACAGUCUACUUGUCAUACCCACUGUCCGUACUGUGUUGACUGUGAUUUACAACAAGCGUAAUUUUACAAUAAAGCUUUUUCAGAAUGA